AUGAGCAAAGAUACUGAGAAUCUGGACAUGUCUGACGUCGGGUCCGCCCUUCCUGCCGCCGCCGCCGCUUUGAGUGCGGAGGAUCGCGCUGGCUUAGUUAACGCUCUCAAGGAUAAACUUCAGAAUUUGGCCGGUGAGCAUUCGGAUGUAUUGGAAACCUUAUCUCCCAUGGUUCGGAAGCGUGUCGAAGUGUUGAGGGAGCUUCAGAGCCAACAUGAUGAUUUGGAGGCAAAAUUUCUUGAAGAGAGAGCUGCACUUGAAGCUAAAUAUCAGAAGCUUUAUGAACCGCUUUAUACUAAGAGGUAUGAAAUAGUUAAUGACGUUGUAGAAGUUAAAGAAGCUGGUGAUGCUGCCCAGGAAGGGGACAAAGGGACAGAAGAUUGUGAAAAAGGUGUACCUAACUUCUGGCUGCUAGCAAUGAAGACUAAUGUUAUAUUGGCUGAGGAAAUUACAGAACGUGAUGAAGCAGCUCUGAAGUACCUCAAGGAUAUCAAGUGGUGUAAAAUUGAUAAUCCGAAGGGCUUUAAGCUUGAGUUCUUCUUUGACACUAAUCCAUUUUUUAAGAACUCUGUCUUGACAAAAACCUAUCACAUGAUUGAUGAAGACGAGCCUAUACUAGAACGGGCCGUAGGGACAAAAAUUGAAUGGUGUCCUGGAAAAUGUUUGACGCAGAAAAUCUUGAAGAAGAAGCCCAAGAAGGGGUCAAAGAAUUCAAAACCUAUAACUAAGACUGAAAAUUGUGAGAGUUUUUUUAACUUCUUCAACCCUCCCCAGAUUCCUGCUGAUGGGGAUGAUUAUGAUGAGGAUGCAGCAGAAGAUUUCCAGAAUCUAAUGGAACAGGAUUAUGAUAUUGGUUCUACCAUUCGGGACAAAAUUAUCCCUCAUGCUGUCUAUUGGUUUACGGGUGAGGCUGCAGAUGAAGAUGACUUUGAAGAUGAAGAUGAUGAGGAUGAACUAGACGAAGAGGAAGAUGAAGGUGAUGAUGAUGAUGAAGAGGAUGAAGUUGAGAUCAGUGGGAAGAAGUCCUCCAGAACAAAGAAGCGUGUUGAAGUCUUGAAGGAGCUUCAGAGCCAAUGUGGUGGUUUAGAGUCAAAAUUUCGAGAAGAGCGAGCUGCACUGGAAGCUAAAUAUCAUAAGCUUUAUGACGCACUUUAUACUAAGUUACUGGUUGAAGUUGAAGGAGUUGGUGAUGCUUCCCAGGGCCAGGACAAGGACCAAGGUUCAACAGUUGCAACAAAAAAAGGUGUACCUAAGUUCUGGCUGCUGGCAAUGAAGAGUGAUGAUUUACUGGCUGACGAGAUUUCGGAACGUGAUGAACAAGUUCUAAGGACAAUAAUUGACUGGUAUCCUGGUAAGUGCCUGACACAGCAGAUCUCGAAGAAGAGGCCCCAUGCAAAGUGUAUAAUGAAGAUUAAUACUCUUGAAAGUUUUUUCAACUUCUUCAACCCACCUCAGCUUUCUAAUGACAAAGAUGUUGACGAGGAUACUGCAGAAGAAUACCUGAAUCUAAUGAAACAGGACUAUGAUAUUGGGUCGAUAAAUAUUGAAAUUUGCAGUAAAACCAUUCGGGACAAAAUUAUUCCUCAAGCUGUGUCUUGGUUUAUGGCCGCUGAAGGAAAACAACAUGUUGAGUGGAUGCUUUGGAGAAUCCAAACGGACUCUGAAUUGUAG